GUCAGCAACCCAGAAGAGAUUUCCUUCACAACAGAUCUCCAGUACCUAGAGAGACAGAGCCAGGGUAUUGGUAACAGAGAGAGAGAGACUGAUUCUGAGGAAGGCAACAUGGGAAACAUUUUAUAUUCUGGAAAGAAACAAAAAAGAUGAGCACGGCAACAGAAACAUUGUCCAACUAAGAGUGAAAUAAUAAAAGGAGAGCAAAUCUUUCCUUUGGAAGGGACGACAAGAAAAAAACAUCCUGCAGAUCUCUGGAAACAGGAGCACGGAGAAAGACAACACAAACUUCAAACUCAUUCGUAUCAGGUGAUGCUCUGGGACGGAUCAUGUCUGAAGUACAAGGAACCGUUGAGUUUUCAGUUGAAUUGCACAAGUUCUACAAUGUCGAUCUCUUUCAGCGAGGGUAUUACCAAGUGCGGGCAGCUCUGAAAAUCCCACCCCGAGUUCCUCACAGGCUGACAGCAACACUGACAGGACCCCCAGGUGAUUUGGUCCCCAGUCAGCCCUUCAUUCAUGACAACACAGUCUACAGCAAGAUAUUCCAGAUCUUGUACAGAAAUGAAGAGAUCAUAGUGAACAACUCCAGCCUUUUCAGAGUUCACCUGUUAUUGGAUGGAGAGAGGGUGGAAGAAGCGUUGAAUGAAGUAGACUUUCAGCUGAAGCUUGACCUGCAUUUCACAGACUCUGAACAGCAGUUGAGUGACAUUGCAGGAAUACCCUUGAUCAGCAGCCGAAGACUGGGUCUUCACUUCCAUCCCAGGAGGGGCUUACAUCAUCACGUACCUGUGAUGUUUGACUAUUUCCACCUCUCUGUCAUUUCCGUUACUGUGCAUGCAGCACUUGUUGCUUUACACCAGCCCUUGAUAAGUUUCCCUCGACUAAGCAAAGGGAUCUGGCUUGGGAAAAGUGGUCAUGAGAUGGAACCGAAUGUAUCAAAUCUUAAUCUUGAAAACCUCAUGUUUGGGUCUAGCUACUACAAGCAGCUUACAGUCGAGGGGAGCACUAAUGUCACCUCUGAGGACUGUAUGCAACACGUAUACCGAUGGCAUGAAAAUCUCUGCCGAACUUUACUUUCUGCUUACAAAGGACUUCUUUGCUACUUCAGUGCAAUCAUGAAACAGAUCCCAGAACUUCAUCAGAUUCGACUGGAGGACUGCCUCAUCGAAGAAACAUUGUGCCAGCUUCGCAUUAACUUGCAGAUGUUCAACAGCGCAGACAAAGUGGCAGAACAGAUCAACAGGGACCUGGCCCAGCUCUGUUCCUGUCUUGCAGCACUGUGGAGCCAGUUCCUAGACAGUAUGACACUCCAGCCAGAUGUUGCAGCUUUCUUAAGCCAAGAUCAUCACAGUUUAAGGGUAAGAAGAUUCUCAGAGGCUUUUUUCUUCAUGGAGCACCAGAAGCAGAUGGCACUUACGUUCCAGGAAUAUGUAAUCCAAAGGCAUAGUCAGAUUGCAGCAGCUGUCAGAAAUUCAUCCUACCUCACCAGUAUGCCUCCACUGCCCAUUGAGUGUCUGGAUAUAGAUGGCGAUUGGAGUAAUCUUCCUAUUAUAUUUGAAGACCGAUAUGUAGAAUCUGUUUCUAAAGCCAGCUAUAUGUUUGAUAGUGAUGCAUCUGACAGGGAGGUGGGAUCGAAAGUGAAUCAUGUGAUGGACACAAAGAUUUCAGAAUUUGGAAGCUUGCCCAUUGAAGUAAAGGGAUACCAGCAAAUACGUGAUGGUAUAUUGAAUCCUGAGGCUUUGAAGGUGCUUGCGACAAGGACAUCUGGAACACAGACACUGAAUGAAACUGUUUCCUUGGAAACGAUGUACAACUCUGUGGAUUUGGCUGCUUUUGUCAGCCAAGAAUAUGAUGAAUUUAGUGAGAAUGAAACCAAAAGUAUUCAGACCUCAGAGGCGGAUGGUUUGGUUGGACAGUGUCAAGGGGAGCUCUCUACAAUCUAUGAAAAUCAUUCUGAAUCACUCCGACUGAAUGAAAAGUCACUGAGUCCUGAGCAGCAAGAAACUGUCUCUGAAUGUAAUGAGACCAAAUUAGUCAAACAGUUGGGAUCAACAUCAGGCUUGAUGUAUAUUGAGGUAAAACCCAGCACCAAGGAUCCUUACCAGGGUGAGACUGUGUUAGUCUGUUCUCCAAAUGGGACAAAUACCAGUGAAUGCUCUGCCUCUAAUGACACUGAAAUUAGUCAGCGGGAGGAAUUCAGUGAAGUAGAUUUGGACUUGCCGUGUUCUGUUGUUAACUCUGAGCAUAUGGACAGUGAGUCUGUUGAACACGAAUUUAUAAGAAGAAGAGUUGAGGGUACUGACUAUCCCAUUAUAACUGGGGCCAUGAAACGAUCUCUUUCGUUAAUAUCUGAUUCAGGAAUAGAGAGUGAACCCAGUUCGGUGGCUUGGUCAGAGAUGCGAAAACCACUGGAUUCAUCUAGUGACCGGGACCUCGUGCACCAGAUAGUUAGAGCACAAGCAAUCCACAGGAAUUCACUGGAAGGUGGUCAGACUGAAAGUGGCACCAGUUUGCCCAGUGGGAUCCAGGCUUCUUUGACAUCAAUCAGCUCGUUGCCUUUUGAGGAUGAAGAGGAGGUGGAACUCAGCAAAUUGACCAAAUCUGUCUCAGCCCCACAGAUUAGUAGCUCAGAUCAAACAGGUGAAGCCCCUGAUUCUUUACCGCAGCAACAGAUCGCUGACGAAAAUCAGUGGCUGAGUAGGCAUCCCUUGGAGAAGGAAAGGGAAGAGCAACAUGAGAUACGUUCAGUUCAAAGAGAAUGCAGUGAGGAUUCUGAUUCCCUGUCAGAUAAAGAGAUCCCGCCAAAGCAUUUAGAAGAUUCAGUACUGAAUAGUAGCAGCAAAGUGGAGCCCAUCAAAAAUACCACCAUUUUGGCAAGAGAUCAAUGGUAUUCCUCUGAAAUGAAUAAUAAUAUUGACCAGCGUCCAAAUGUAUUCAGUGCUGAUAGCCAUAGCGAUUCGAUAAGUCACAGUGUUAAAGAGCUUGUGUGUAAGGAAGUGGAUUUUAAUAGAUUAUUAGACACAGAUGUUAACACUUCUGACCCUGACAGUCACACAGAAGAUAUUAAAUUCCUUUCUGCUGAACUGCAAAGUGGCAAUCAUGGAUCAUUCAGUGACGAGUUGCCACAUGCUGUGUUUAUCCCAAACAGCAGUGAUGGGGUAACGACGUGUGAGUUGGUGACACAACCUGACCUGCAGACAGAGGCUUUGGAGCUGACCAAAGCCGCAUUCAGCGAUGUCCCUUUGCCCGACAGAGCAUGUCAUGAAGAAACUCCCUGCCUAUACGAAGGAAAACUAGAAAUGGAGCAGCAAUGUGAUAGCUGUACAGGAAAACAAGAUGGAAGUGAAAACCCAUCAGCGCGUACCAACAACAGUGAACUUCAGCCUCUGGUUCAUAGUGGAAAUUCCUCUGGAACUGGUAACUCAGGCAUGGUCUUUGAGAAGACGAACGUGGUUGAGGUGGUCAAUCUUUCCGUUUCAUGCACAGCCACGUGUCUGCCAUUUUCUUCCAUGUUGAGGGAUUCUCCUGUUUCCUUUCCCUCAAAGCAGUUAGCGUCUCCAAUUACUAGACAGCCCAUCGGCUCAUUUGGUAUGGUCUCUUCUACUUCCCAGGAUGCUGAUGCAGAAAUCAAUGAGAAAAUGGUGAGUUUUGUUCAGGCCAAAGACGAGUUGCUAAAGGGACUGAAGUUUGAAGGGUUGUUGUACAGUAAUCUGCCUCUUCUGGCUUCCAAUAUCCCUUACUUCACUCCAGAGGAAGAGGAGGAGGAGGUGAAUUUGGAAGAGGGAAUCCACCUGAUUAUCUGUGUUCAUGGAUUAGACGGUAACAGCGCAGAUCUGCGACUUGUGAAGACGUUCAUUGAGCUGGGGCUUCCUGGUGCCAAGCUGGAUUUCUUAAUGUCCGAAAGGAACCAGAGUGACACCUUUGCUGAUUUUGAUGCAAUGACUGAUCGACUCUUGGAUGAAAUUAUCCAACAUAUCCAUCUCUACAGUCUGACAAUAUCCAGAAUAAGCUUCAUUGGCCACUCACUGGGCAACAUCAUCAUUCGCUCAGUGCUGACACGGCCAAGGUUUCGAUGCUACUUGAACAAGCUGCAUACCUUCCUGUCACUUUCCGGGCCUCAUCUGGGAACACUAUAUAACAAUAGCACAUUGGUUAGCACAGGUCUUUGGCUCAUGCAGAAGCUGAAAAAGUCUAGCUCACUGUUACAACUAACCUUCAAGGACCAGGCUGACCCUCGCAAGACUUUUCUGUAUAAACUCAGUGAAAAGCCAGGUCUGCAGUACUUCAAGAAUGUCAUGCUGGUGGCAUCAACACAGGAUCGAUAUGUUCCUUUUCAUUCUGCCCGGAUUGAAAUGUGUAAGACAGCACUAAAAGAUAGACAGACUGGUUCUGUCUACACUGAAAUGAUCAACAACCUCCUUCGGCCAGUGACAGAGACUGAGGACUGCACUUUGAUACGCUAUGAUAUUUUCCACGCACUGCCAAACACCGCCAACGCACUAAUUGGACGAGCUGCUCACAUUGCCGUCCUUGACUCUGAACUGUUCCUGGAAAAGUUUUUGCUGGUGGCAGGUUUAAACUACUUCAAGUAGCACCCCAAGUUUCUCCUCCUCACUCGCAGCACUCUAAAAUGUUCCAGCAUUUCCUGGUGCUUUCUUGUAGGAAAGCACUAACUGAGUUGGUAUUGAUUCUUGAUUACAAAUGUCCGUAUAUUAACCAUGUGAAAAACAUGAUUGUAUUGUAAAUAGUACUAAAAAUAAUUUACAUUUCAGAUUAAAUCUAUCUAAAAAAUACUUUCCUGCCUUAAAAUACACACAGAAAUUCAGCAAAGGCUUUCUAUGAGAAGCAACUUGAGUAGGAGAUUCUGAUUUAUCUUUUAUUUAUUGUUUAGCUGUUAUGUGUCAAUCUGCACGUGAUAAAAGAUGGAUGUUGGUUGCUUCCUCUGGAACAAACAUGGCACUGCAUUGGCUUCUCAGACAAAACUCAUAACUUUGAGUAAAACCAAAAUGCAAUGAAUGUCACCAGAUAACUUGCAUGCCUGCACCUGUGCCAGUUUAAUCCCAGGUGCCCCCUACAGCAGCCCAUUUUCCUUUUAUGAGAACUAUUCCAUGCAAUGAUGAGGGACCUGUAUAACAAUGAGUGAAGAAGAAUAAUCAUACAUGGGCGGUGUUAUUGUAGGUUUAGGUGAUAUUAAUUAGUGAGCAAAUGGUUCCUGACGCCCAACAAUGAGUUUGGAAAAUUAAUCACUCCCUUGUGCCUGCUGUUUCUUCUAUUAGUUAGUGUGAAGGGCACCCCAGGACUUUUCAUUAAUUUUUCAUUAACGUGUGGAUUAAUUUUAUUCAUAGCUCAGCAAAUACAGAGGCUAAUGACUUUGUGAGUCUACCUUGGCCCUGUCGAGUGAUUCAUGAUUAAAGUAAAACCAAAUUAUUUAUGUGUUGAUCAUUCUGAGGAACACCAAUACUGGGGAAUGGAAUAUUAUUUUACUAUGUUCACUAGGGCGAAGCGCUCACAGAAAAGGUGUAGCAUGGUUCAAGUUCAUCAUAAACUCAAAGCCUUAGUUUUGUGGAAGGUAAGGAAAGGAAGUUGAUUUGGGUAUAGAGGCGGUCCACACUUUAUGAACAUCUGAUCUACAAAAAUGCUCAAAAAUGCUUACGAACAAGAUCCCAUAUUAAUAUUAAUUUUAAGGAUCUGACAUGCAAACAUUACACUUAUGAACGGCUGUUUUACUUUGUGGUGUGUUGUGUUCCAGUUUGCGUACGAAUCAACUUAAGAAUGAACUCAAGAAUGGAAUGUUUGUACAUUUGAAAGAGGAAAAUUGUUGAACUGCAAAGAUAGACGAGGAGAUAGUGGCACAGUGAUCAUGUCACUGGACUAGUAAUCCAAUAGUCCAGUCUGGGGCACAGGUUCAAAUCCGAGUGUAACUUCUGCUGGAAUUUAAAUCCAAAUAUUCAGUCUGGAGGAAAAAGCUGGUCUCAGUCAUGGUGGCCAUGACACUUGUUAUCACGUGUUGUUAAAAACUGAUCUGGUUCACAAAUGUUCUUCAACGAAGGAAAUCAGUCAUCCUUGCCUGUCCUGGCUGACUUAUGGCAAUGCGCUUGACACUUAACUUCGCUCUGAUAAGGCCUAACAAGCCACUCUGUUCAAUGAAACUUAGCACUGGAGAACAUAUCCAACGGAAGAAUAGGGAAAACAAAGAGAGAGCGGAUCAAAUAGUCAUUCAGAGAGCCUGCACAGACAGACUCAGGUAGGCACCAGUCUGUGUCAGUUCACAAUUUGUUAAAGAGUCAGAUCACCAAAAUGCUAUGGCUUGAGGGAGAAAGCAAGUACAUGAUGGAAUAAACAUAAACGGUUUGUGUGUGAUUUGGUUUCUUUGGCAGAGGGGAAUGUUUUGAUCUUUAAACUUUAAUUUUUUACUAUGGCUCAUGCUGUAGCUGUAUUGAGAGUAGCUAGAUGAAGGUUGUGACUUUGUAUAAAAGCUUCAAUAAGGGGAUUUCAUAGUUAAUGUAUGCUGACUUCCAUGGAAUUAAAAUUGGGAUAGGAUAUGAAAUGGGCUGAUGACUCAUUAUCAUACAUUUUAUACUGUCAGAUAUAGUCAAGAUCGACCCACUUGACUCUGAGAUUGUUGGUAGUAAUUCCAUUCCCAAAGCAUUGAUAUGAAAAAAAUAAUUUCUACCAAACAACAAUUUAAUUUAAAAUCAUUAAAUCCAAUCCGACAACUUUAAGGGAGAGAAAACAAUCAUAACCACAUUUGGUUAACUCUUCGUUGACACCCCUAUUUAAAUCAGGCCCCACAAACACGCACUGCCUGCCUCUUUCUGUCACACUCUGUCCUUGAAAUUUACAAGUGGAAGGACGCAGUGUUAAGGUCAGGAAAUUCAGAACAAAAGUUCUCUCUCGGGUUGACAGGACCAGAUUAAUAUUUUACCAAUCAGUUUGCCAGCAAUAGCCAGUCAGAUUGGGAGGACAGGCAGUGGGCAGAGUAGGGGAGACAACUGCUGAAGACCGGGGUUAUCAGGAGAUACGGUAAUAAAAUUGUGAAAGGAGUCAGAGAAGUUGAGGGAGGAAGAAGGAAAUCUGUGGAGGGGCAGAGAUAUCAUGGAGGGAGCUGACAAGACUGCAGAGUUUUUGGACAAUUUGAGACUGCAUGCGAGGAGAUUAUAGCCCACAGCGGGUACCAAGAGGAUAUAAGAUCUUACUGAUGCGUGAUCUGAGUCUCGGAGACAUUAACUGGUUUGGUUUGAGGGAGGUGAUUGGCAGUGGGGCUGGGGUAGCUCUCCUAGCCCAGAAGCUGAGCUCUAUAGCCACAUACCUGUUCCAUCCAGCCGUCCUCACUGCCCUUUAACUGCUGGGCUUCUACAGCCAUGAAAACCCAAUCAGCCAGCAUUAAAGCUGGACCAAGGGAAUUUAUCUCAUGAGAGAGAUUUGAUCACCAGUACCCUGCACGCCCUCAUCCGGCCUCCAGUAAAAUCACGAAUAAAUUGAUCAGGUUAGAGACUUGUUACAUUUUUACUUCUCACCUGAUCCAAAAGCACCCACUUUGGAGGGGUUAUGAUUCACCAUUCUCUCCCUCACACAGAGAUCAUGGUGAAGUGAUAUUCCUUUUGAAAAAAGACCUGUUAUUGUUGGAACUUGUUGACUGAUAGGAUUUAUUUACCGACAGACUAUCAGUUGUCCCAGGAUGUUAUGACCAUCAUGAAAUUAUGAUGUCAUUCAGAUGCAAUAGAUUGGUUCAGUUUUUUUUAAGGCACUCAGGCUUCUGGACUGAACUUUCCGAUGAAUGCUGGGAACUGGAUUUUGGGACCAUUUGUGCAUCCCAGGCCUAUGCAUCUCAGCAGGACGCCCAACGGCACAACUUUGCCUGAGGCAGCCUUCCUUAUCAGGUCAGCUGAAGAUGCUGGAUGGAACAGGAUCGCAGGAGGCCCAGAAGAGGACCAGCAGCCCCACUGGGAGAGGGUCAUGGCAAAAUGGAGUUGCACUCAAAAAACUGCAGAAGUUUCCAUAACAAAGAAAGAGCUGUUAGACCCACCAGUGUGGGGCGGACACCCUGUGCAACACUAGAAGAGUUCAUUGAUGUUGGAAAAUAGCCAUUGUGUGGAGUCAUUGUUGCUCACGUGGAGUGUGUUCCCAUGGCGAUCUACCCCUGCAGCUCUUAGCCAUAAGGGGAACAGCGUCAGUGAGCCAUUCUAACAAGGUCUUUUGCUAUUUUCCUUGCCCCACUGCCCUCCCCCACAAACCAGCAUCCAAGGUUACCCAGGAAUAUGUUUUAGUCUCUGUCUAUAUGUGAAUGACACCAGGGAACAAGAAUGUGACUGAAAUUGCAGCUUUGGUGGGGAAUUAACCUUAAUGUUAGGAUUGGGUUUGACUUUAUUGUGUUUUGGAUCUCCUUCCAUUAACUGUAUAAGUGCCAGAUCCUACAAUGGUGUGUUAUUGCAUUAGUAAAUAUUCCCAUAUCAUGACAGUAUAAUGUAAGGGCCUAUGUGCACUGUUUAUCUUCCAUAAUUGCUAAUAUUUACAUACUGUGGUAACAUAAUUCUGACAGUAUUUGAGAUUAUACAUGUAAGAAUAUAAAAUCCAGUUUAUAAAUCACACUUUUAAAUGUGCUUUUCAUUGAAAUAACAGGGUAAAAGUAAAAUAAGGAAAUGAUUUAUACACUGGUGCAAUCUGUUACCUAGAUGUUAGUUACUAUUAAUGUAGGCCCCAUCAUAUUUGUGCAAUAGAAGUCCAUGGUUAGCUAAUGCUUGCAACUGACAUUUCAAAGUGGCAUCCAUCUCUGGAUUAAUCAAAAUAUGUAAAGAUUUUGCAACAUUAUUUUCAAGCUGGCGUUCUGAAAUAAAGCAGAAACUGUGGAUGAUAAUACAAUGGAUUGAACAGUAUCUGAAGAAGAAGGUAUAGUGGGCUAGAUUUUAUCCUCAUGCAAAUGCGAUAAUGUGGCAGAUUGAAUUAAUUGUCCUUUAUAAAUCCCAAAAAGGAUGGGAUGAAAAUUAUAAAGAUUCUACACUGAAUGAACAAUUCAUUCUGUCAGUGUGCUCUCCAUUGUGUGUAGAGAAAGGUUAACACCAAUAUAUUUGAUACAAAACUGCUUUGGAUUUUUUUUUAUUUCCUUUCUAAUCAAUCUGCAGUUAGGAACUAACAAUUUGUUAGUCCCUGGUCUUUUCUGCGCAAAAUUUGCUUUAACCAUAAUUCUGUUUUGUAUUUUCUGUCUUUCCACACAUUUUAGUCACCAAGUCUUAUCAAUAUUCCUCCAAGGGGAAAAAAGACCUUACCUUUUCUUUAUAUUUUCUAAAUAUUGCCUAUUUUUCUUUUGUUCUAUUGCAUAAUCUUCAUGUGAUGUUCUGUCACAAUAUUGUUUAGACAAGUGCCAGUCACACCCAAGGAUCCUAAAUGUAAAAAUCUAGUCCCCUUUUCAUUAAAACUCUUAACUGGACAAGAUGUAGGCAAUCUGCAUGUCUCCUGCAGUAUGCAAGUACAUUCUGUGGUACCUAGGAUCACUGAGAAUUAGACAUAUAACUAACGUGACUGAAAGCUUCAGAAUCAAUCGCAUACAACACAGAGUUGUGUCAAACAACUAUUCUUUAAAAAACAAUUAAGCCAUUGUGGAAUUUCAAUGGAAUUUAAUUUCUUUUCCUAUCCUUCAAUUUCUCCAUUAAGUUGUGUGUAGACAACAAUCACAAAUGCCAAUAACAUGAUCAGGCAGAACUAUGCGCAACUGUGUGAGGAAGCUCAAUUACUUGAAGUCCAUUUGACAUGACAAGGUCAUUGAAAUGUUGUUGGGUAAUGGACUGUAUUUGUUGUCACCUGCAAUCAGGGCUUGGAACAAUUGUGUUCAAUAAUAGCUCUGCUUCAGCAUCAUCCCCUCUAUAAAGUCUCAAAAAAUGUCUGAUUUCCCAUAUGGCCAGAACACUCUGCUCUUGCCACAUCUCUACACCAGGGCCAGUGUUAUGAGGUACAAGUUUCCGAGGAACUGAGAAAAAUAGAAGAUCUGGGCAACUACUGUCUAUCCUGUUUUAUUUCGGAUAAUUCACGAUCACCAAAAUCUAUUAAUUUAUGUGUUGGACUAACAUUUCAAGAUGGCUGCUCAGGGUACAUAUGCACAUUACACCCUUGCUUUUAUUACUAUAAUGGACAUAAUGAGCAGCCUUAAUGCACUCUUAUUUAAUGGUUCGAACAGUUAACAUUAGCAUUAAAUGCUUUAAUAUCAUGACCUUUUUCACAGUUCGUUUCAUUAAGUAGUUACAGAUUGAUUCUUCUCUUUUGUGAGUCUGUGUCACACACUGACAUUUUGCUAUAGGUCCAUUUACAUCCUGAAUUUCCGUCAGUCUUGUCAGUUUAACAAGGAAAUCCAAAACCAACUUGCCCUAGGUUCAGCUGCUGAAUUUGAGUAAAUCAUGUAAUAAAUGUGCUUCCCUGAACCAGUUCCAAAUCGGCUGCCAGAUAAGUGAGCUUUACAGAUAAAAUAAAAAGUUCUGCAUUAAACUAAGUAGACUGUUUUAGGUCACAGUUGAAUCUGUGAUCAAAUUAUCACUAGAUUCAUCAAGUAGAAAAGAGCAUUCCAUUUUAACCUUGCUAAUUACGAGUCUCACAUUAUAUGGAUGAAUGAGCUUGUUUUGUUAUUCUAGUCAUUUGCCUCUUUUUUUCCCCCCUCCACAGGUUAUACAAUGUAGUCAAUGACAAAUAUAAUUUCCAAUGUCUCUCUCUCAGGCCUUUUGACUUUUACAUUUUAUUAAAUGCACACUCAAUGCUUUUCCAAAUGUUCUUUUUCAGUCAGUACCAAUCCCACAAUUCAUUAUUUCAGAUAAUGUGCACCUAGCUACUGUUCAAAUCAUUAUUUAAGCCUUAGUAUAUAAAAAAAAAUAAUUUCCAGCACCUUAAAACCGAAUACCUUGUUUUGUUCAGAUGUCCUCUUCACUCAUAAUAUUCAGGCUUCUACAAAGAAAAGCUUGAUGUUAGCUGAUUAUUUUGCCUACUCUCUUCAAUCUUGGUAGCAUUUACUCCUGUAGAUCUUGAUCUAUCACCUAAAUGCAUUCAUAAGACUAGUUGGUGUUCUUGUGGUACAGUGGUCAUGUCCCUACCUUUGGGCUAAAAGACCCAGAUUCAAACCCCAUGUAUUCAGGAGGUAUAUUAGACUGUGUUUGAACAGGUUGGCUAAAAAUAGUUUGUUUCAAAUUGUUCCCAAGUAAGGCAGCCAAACACCAAAUCAAGUUUUGUAUAAGUGGCUGAUUAACAAAAAUUGAGAAAAAGAAAAUCUGUUUAAUCAUGCAAGGGACAGCCCAUUCUGCCAGUGCUGGCUGUUUGAAAAGACUAUCCAAUAAACUCCACUCCAUUGCUCUUUUACCAUAGCAGCAGAGUUCAAAUAACAAAUUCCUUGAAUGCACUCUUGGUAAGGCAACAUUUGAAAGAUUGCAACAUUUUGAGUUGGUAACUACAAAGGGACAAAUGAAGAAUUAAAACUUUUUAAUUCUGUUUCAAGUGCCAGUCAACUCUUGUGCCGGUUUCUGUUUUUAUUUCAGAUCUCCAAUAGUCACAGUCCAGGGUUUAUGGAUGUUCCUUGGUGCUCUAGCAAAUUUAAAGUGCUAUCACAACUGGACCCAUAUUCCCCCUCUCACUUAUAGUAUUACAGCUGCAGAUGGAAUAAACAAUGUCACCAAUCCAUUAGCAACUUGGAGCAUUUUGACAUAUUAGCAGUCGACCCACUUUAAACCAAACAUCAAUCUAUCCUGGUUCCAGACCCAGUACUGAAAGGAUUAACUUUGGGACAAGCAUACAAACAUACAUGGACAAUUUAAUAGAUAUCAGAUACAUGCGGAGUGGGAUGCCUUCAGACUUUGGCUGGGAGGUUCCUCAGAGCUGCUGCCAUUCUAUAUAGACAGGAAUUUUGCUACACUUAAGGCAAAAUAACCUUUGAAGAGCAUAAGCGGCACCCAGGAAUUUACCAUCCUUUAUAAUUACUCAUGUAAAUUGAAAGCAGAAAUUUAUUGUACACAUUGAUGCCAUUGCAAGAUGGAAAUCGUCUAUUUAUUUUGACUAAAACUGUGUACAGAACAGAUAGUCGUCAGUGCCAAUAUGAUUCUACUAUUUUUCUACAUUUGCUUUUGCAUCAUUCAUGGUGGCUUGUGUUCUGUGUACAAACCAAAUAAAGUUCUUGACUUCCUUUA